CCACCAUGCAGGUGGACCACCUUCUUGCAAACCCUAAUUUGGUGCUGACUUGGCACAGCCAGUCCUUGAACGUUCAACUUCAAGUUGCGCCAUCAUGCCAAUCAAUGGCGUUGGCAUUGCAAUUUGCAGCUAGCUCAGCCAGCUGAAGUGGGGCGCCGGAGGGGGCGAGGAGACGAUACAGACGAUAGUCACUGCAGUUUGCAUGUGGUUCAACCCUGGGUGGUGGAACCUCUUUUGAAAGUGGGACGUUAUUUUGCUGUCCUUAUGCUGCAGACAAAUGGCUCUCAAGGAAACCUCCCCAAGCGUCGCCACCACAGAUUUGUGCGAUGCGCAUGAGGAGAAGCUGCAAGCAGGCGAUCUGAGGGUGCUGUCUCCUCCAGGGUUGCUCCAACCUUACGGCAUGUUGAGGUCCUUUGCAGGUCCAAGCGCAACAUUGAAGGUAUUUGAAGACAACUCUCUAGUUCGGGAGGCGCUGGAACAGCCUGGUGAAGGCAGAGUUCUGGUUGUUGAUGGUGGUGGCUCAACGCGCUGUGCCUUGCUUGGUGGCAACCUGGGCCAGCUUGCGGAAAAGAACAAGUGGUCAGGCAUCAUUGUUUUUGGCUGCAUCCGUGACGUUGACGAGAUUGCUGAGUGCAAGAUUGGUGUGCGGGCUCUUGGAACACACCCGCGCAAGAGCUUGAAAAGAGGUGCAGGUGACAAGGAUGUUGCCGUUUCAUUUGGUGGCACAAUAAUCAGACCUGGCGAGUUUGUUUAUGCUGACGGGGAUGGCGUUCUUGUUUCAAGGUCAAAACUAUAGGUGAGCGUCCGUAGCUGACCACAGAGGUGACACGACGGGGCAGACACGAGUUGUCUCGUUUGUAAACAGGCAAACAGGCAAAUCAGUGCAUGGUUCAAUGUAGAGUAUAUAAACAAGCUGUAUCAUAUAGUGAGGUUGCAGGAAUUAGCGUCUUACCAAUCGUUUUAUCAAUGCACCAGAAUUUUGCUAAAAGUUACUGAAAGAUAGUGCGCAAGUGAGAAUUUCCCCAAUUAAUGCAAGAGACUAUGGUAAGCUAGUGGACAGAGUCAAUCAAAAAUGCGCAUAUAAUGGUGCAGCUAGAUCAAUGAACGCCGCUUGUCCGUUAAUUGAGCUUUGAGUUCACGUUCAUAUGGUCGAUAAUAUAUGCGCAGAAUAGGCCGCGGCAUGCAGAUCUGGCCAGCUAGAAAUUUGCGCGUGCUUUUAAGGAUCAACACUGAACCAGAAAUUAAUUCUGCACCUGGUGUGAUAUGCACCUAACCGUCAUGGCUGGG